CACCUUAUGAAACGAAAGAAACUUUUCGGACAACCUAAUAAUUAAAAAUACGAUAAUUGAUCGAAUUAUUUUUUGCAAUAAGUUUCCUAAGCCAUUUCUAGCGAAAAGAUUUUUAAAUUUAUUAUUUGAUAGAGCAUUCUAUGAAAAUAUUCAGGAAAAUAUAGAUGUUUAUUAAAUUUAUUCGGAUUAUUUAAACUGAUAAUUAUCUUUGAAAUGCGAAAGAUCAAGAAGGAGGAAGUAUAAGGAAGAAUAGAAAUGCUUAGGGGUUAAAGGGAUAAAACCGGCAGUAAUUUCUUUUUAAGGAAUUAUAAAUUACUGAUUAAUAGUUUCUUAAUAGAUCGGAUUCAUCGAUUGACCGUGAUAAAGAAUCUUAGGAUAACUGUUGUACGAGACAUGUACAUUAAAAGCUCUUAAAUGGAAGUAUCAAUACAUGUACUAACGAGAGGACAUGCUUUUAUCUCUCUUAUAGCGGCGGUCAAAAUGUUCUGGUUGAGCUAACAAACAAAAUUUUAUUUUCCAAAAUUGAACUCAACGAUAUAACAAAACUAUAUAACAACCGGAUACUUUCGAUAGUUACUAUCACUAUAUUUAAUAUUCUCAAGAUUUCAAACAAAAAGAAUAUGUAGAGUUCGCUAUACGUUUGCUCAAUCAACGUUUCACACUUUCAAAAAUCAUCAAGCCAAUCUCACAUAACACGAAAACUUCACAAACUCGCAUUUCUCAGCAUCGUGUCAGCACGAAGCUAUUCAAUUCAACUGCGGAAACUUGCUGCACGAACCACGUGUCCUACAAUUCCCGAACUUUUUAACGCGGCCGUGUUUCCAUCGAGGAAAAUAAACGAGUUCGUUCGAAACAAAUGCCGCGACGUUUCCGAAACGUGCUCCAGCGAAGAAUCAGCGCGGCGCGCAUCGAUUUGACUUCCAAAUGGGACUGUAGAAAGCGAGAUCACGUUCGGGACACCGGUUUUCGAGGUAGUCAGUCGUCUGGUAGCAGCGAACGACAACGAAUCCAUGCGAAGUGAAUUUUAACACGGCUCCAUCCGUCGAUUCCUCUCGUUUAACCGACUUUCCACUCGCGUAGUCGCGUUCAUACUAAUUUUGAAGUACGCCUCGUGUUUCGAUACUUUGCUUUAUCACGACACUGAUAAAUGGUCCCCUUCUUGCUCGUCGAGAUACGGAAUGGCGCACGCAAUGAGAUGAAUGAAACGUUAAGGAAACAACGAGCUACGUCGACCAUUCUUCGCGUUUUCUUUCUCGGUACGAAGCCAGCUGGACGGCUAACGUGAAACAAUGGAGAACAAUCUUGCGAACAAGGUGAAAGAGCUGUGGGUCGUUUACGUUUGGUGGUCAUGCGUUCUCAUUCUGAAGAUGAACGCCCUGACGUGGUUCACUGGGCGAAUGCGAGCCACCAGACGGGUGAUUCACAGCGAGGAGGACAAAAUGUGGUUGGCAGGUACCGACAUAAUUUUAUGUCCGACCGGAGGCGGUCACGAGGACGUGGUUCGCGUCAGAAAUGCACAUCAACACGAUCUUGGAAUUGUAAUCCCUUAUCUGCUAAUUGCACCGAUAUGGCUGACUACGUCACCGCUGUUUCUUAUGGCUAGAUUGAUUUUACCCGCUUUUGCAGUAGUUAACAUAUUACGUACGUUGCUCCACAUUAAAUUCGUGGACCUACAUCGUUAUUGCAUAACAAUUCUGUCCACCUCGGAACUUUGCAUUCUAACUUACAUGUCCGUCGUAUCUGCGUUUUACUACGCAUCCUGAUCUCGAUGUAGUAAUAUACGUAUUUCCUGCAGUUCUAGAAACGUGAUCGUUGCAUUUUGAUACGAUAAGUAGCUGCAGCGUUCAACGUGUCUCGUGUCGCAUAAAUCAGUAAAUGUAGAUGUUAUGAUCAGUGCGGUUUAUAAAGGUUUCUUUAAUAAAAUUGAAAUGUGAAAGAACAAA